CGGAAGUGGCCCCCGACCGUCCUCCAUGGCGCUGACCCCGCUGCCCGAGCGUCUGCGCGGCUGGCGGGUGGUGCUGGGCAGCGCGUCCCCGCGGAGGCGGGACAUCCUGGGCCUCACGCGCCUGCCCUUCGAGGCCACGCCCUCUUCCUACCCCGAGGACCUGGACCCCGCCCACUUCCGGAACCCGCGCGACUUCGCCGUGGAGACCGCGCGCGGGAAGGCGCUGGACGUGGGGCGGGGCCUGCGGCGGGGGCGGGGCCUGCUGCGGCGCCUGGUGCCUGCCCUGCGGAAGCCGCUCAUGGUCAUCGCCGCCGACACCAUCGUGGUCCUGGACGGGCUGAUCCUGGGGAAGCCCAAGGACGAGGACGACGCCGUCUGGAUGCUGACGAGGCUGAGCGGGCGCCAGCACAGCGUGAUCACGGGCGUGGCCGUCGCCCUCUACCCCGGCCAUGACCGCGGCAACGACCCCGACGGCGACCCCGACGGCGACCCCGACGGCGACCCGGAAGUGCGGACCUUCUGGGAGGAGACGCGCGUCACGUUCUCGCCGCUGUCGGACGCCGUCGUGCGCGACUACGUGGCCACCGGGGAGCCCAUGGACAAGGCGGGCGCCUACGGCAUCCAGGGCCUGGGCGCGGUGCUGGCGGAGCGCGUGGAGGGCGACGUCCUCAACGCCGCGGGCUUCCCGCUCAACCGCUUCUGCCGGGAGCUGGCGGCCAUCUUCCCCGACCCCGGUGCCGCGACCCCCGACCCCGCCGCGACCCCCGGCGACCCCGCCGCCGGCGGUGACGUCAUCCCCGGGGGCGGGGCUGCAGCGGACGUGGUGGGCGGGGCUUCUGGGUCCGAUGGCCCCGCCCCCGAGGCCCCGCCCCCCCCGCGCGGUCACCGCGUGGUCCUGUUCGCCGCCUGCCGCCUGGGCCUCUUCGACCUCCUGAGCGACGCGGAGCCCCGCGGGGUCGCCGAGGUCGCGGCGCGGGUGGGCGGGGCCUGGGCGGAGGGGGAGGAGCCGGAGGGGGCGGGGCCGCCGGCCGCCUGGGUCGGGAGCCUGAUGGAGGCCUGCGUGGGGCUCGGGCUGCUGCAGCGGGCGGACGGGGGCUUCCUGGCGGCCCCCGCGGCGCGGCGUCACCUGCGGGCGGACAGCGCGCGGCCCCUGCGCGGCUACGUGCGGAGCCUGGACCGGGGCGGCUGGGCGGACGCGCGGGCGCUGGGGCGGGGCCCGCAGCGCCCCCGCAGCCCCGGGUCCCAGGCCGACGCCGACGCCGCGGAGCUGGAGCUGGAGGCGCUGAUGGCGGACGAGGUGCUGGCGACCUUCGACCUCGGGCGCUACCGGGCCAUCGCGCAGGUGGGGGGCGGCUCGCUGGCCCUGCGCCUGGCCCGGGCGACCCCGCAGGCGCACGUGACCCCCGUGGGCGACCCCGCCCGCGACCCCCUGCCGCCCGCCGACCUCUACGUCCUGGGCGGCCUGGCCUGGGCCGAGCGCGACCUCGACGACCUGCUGCGGAGGGUGGCGGCCGCCCUGGCGCCCGGCGGCGCCGUCCUGCUGACCGAGGGCCCCACCCAGCGCCAGCCGCUGAGCCUGCUGGGGUCGACCUUCGACCCCCCGACCCCGCCCGGGGCCCGCGGCCCCCGCUGGAGCGACCCCGGCCCCCGCGCCCGGCUGCGGCGCCUCGGCUUCCGGGACGUGCGCGUGACGUCGCCGGGGAGGCUCCCGCCCUCCGUGCUGGCCGCCCGCGGCGACCCCUGA